AUGAAAAGAGACUGGAGCGAGCUCAAUUUUUGGCAGCGGUUUAUCCCAUUGCACCGUGGCAAGAUGGCGGACAAGAUGGCGGACAAGAUGGAGGAGUUUGUCGUUGCGGGGGAAAAAUAUGGAUCGGGAAAUCUGGAGAGGAAAUAUAGGUUCUCUGCGGAAAAUGGAAACUUAGAAAGGAUAGGAAGGAAGAGGGAAACUGUAGCUACUUCUGUAAAGCAAUUCUUUAAGGUAACUUUCCAUGGCAUUCAUCAGGGCUCACUGUACUAAUUUCCAGCUUUGAAAUAGGGCGACUUCCCCCCACCCCCGCCCCUUCUCUUCUGAUUUUGAGAGUACUCAUCAACCCAAUUAGUUGAAUCUUUCUCUCUCAAGACUGUGAGUUGGAGUGCACAUGUUGCCCAAAGAGCCGAGUUCUUGAAAGGAUUAUUAGUGAAAAUCCAGGUUCACUUACCAUGAUAUUGGGGUGGCGGGAUACUUUAGGAAUUUGAUGGGUGUGGGUGCGUCGUUGGGACCCUAGAUCCCUUAGCCUAUACCAGAUCUAGUUCAGCUAAAUUUUGUUACCCUAUACUACACCUAUACUCUAUACACGGGUGACAUAUUGCAUCUUUUGCAGUCUGCUUUCCUUCCACAAGGCUACCCUGAGAGUGUCAGCAAAGACUACUUAGAGUAUCAAGUAUGGGACACUAUUCAGGUAAGCUACACUAUGAAAAGAGUCCUCAGUAGCCUUUUAGGGAUCCUGGAUUUGCCCUAUUUGAAAGUGGAGGUGUGGAUUUUAAAGCAAAAAUGGGGGUAAGAUUUGUUGUUGAAAGUAUGCACGACAAGUGGGAUGCUGAAAAGAGCAAUCAGGAUUAUGAGAUCGAGCAAAAAUUUGAGUCAGGAUGACGGGAUUGAAGAACCCCAUUGGAGAUCCACUAUAAUUGAGCAGUUGCCUUCCAAGUGCAGACAGUAACCAUGACAACCCUAUCCAUGACCGGAUUACCCCCCCUCCUCCUCCCCAGCAGUAUGUUGCACCUUAAGGCAGAGCUGAGAGUGACUGGCUGGCAGUGCUUGAACCAAGACCUUGAGAUCUGAAAUUCAAUUUGUUAACUAUUAGAUCGCCAUAAUAUUGUUGUGACCACUGGCAAAAAUAGUUAUCAUAUAUUUAUCUGAGGAGGGAUAGACAGGGAGAAAAGAGCUUACUUUGCGUAGCAAGUAGAGCAAAAUGGUUGACAUUUUAAGGAGAGCUGUAGCUGAAAUUCCAAAUGACUAAAGCAGAUUACAAAUGUGAAACUGCAAACCAUUAAUGUCUUGAGUUUAAAUAUGCUAAAUGGCAUGUAGCCGCAAGUGUAUCCACCCACCCCUCCCUCCUUCUUAUCACUAGGCACCCUCCCAUGAUUACUGUCCACUGAUCAGCAUUAAAUGAAUGUAGUCAUUGUUGUCUAUCACUCUAUCAAGGCAUUCUGUUCGUCAAUAACUGGAACCCUUGCAACCCAAGCAAUGUUGAAAGGGUAUGGUGUUGGAGAUGAAAAAGCCACUGCCCUGGCAGCAACUAUGACAUGGAUCCUGAGAAGUGAGUUUUUAUCAGCUAUUGCAAAAACACUUUGCGAAGAACUGCAAGCAAGCAACUGCAUAUAUAAGUCACGAGGUGCCCCUGCUAGAGGCAUCGGGCCACCUCUAGUAUAGCUGGGGAAACUGCUGACCAGCGUUGCUUCAUGGUUAACUUUGCCAAAAUUACAUUAUUUUAGUCACAUUUAAAAAGUGAGAUUUUAGAAACUUAGUUCAUUACAUAUGAUAUAAUGUGUUACUCAGUAUUGAGGUGCUCGUGACCAAUAAAAGUUUUAAUGGAAUUCAGCUGUAAAAAAAUUAUUAACAUAUAAAAUACCGACAGUAUUCAUAAACUUCCAACCUAUUACUUGCAUGAAAAGUAUUUUAAAAUUAGUUUCCUUUGCCUUAUGAAUGUAUUGGUUUGUUUUAUUUUUAGGUGGCACUGGUAUGGUAGGAAGUAUUAUUUUUGCUUGGCUACAAGGGUAUGAACUUUUCCUAACACAUAGUUAAAUUGCUCUUUGUCAGAUUGUGUCAAAAGAGUGGGUCAAAUGCAAGGUGUCUGUAUUGUAAAGUCUCUGGGUGCAAUAAAUUAAGGUGCCAUUCAAGAGCCUGGAGCUAAAUGAGCUACCGACCAUUGGACUAGUACAUGUCUUAUUGGAAUUUUCCCAAUGGAGGACUAAAGCUUAAAUAAUUUGUUACCUUUCCUGAAGUCAAAAAAAUAGUAAAAGUAAAUAUGGGUCUCCAUUUCUUCAGUUCAUCUUUUUUUGCGGGCAACAGAGAAAGCGUUACGUUGAUUUUUCCCUUGGAAAUUAAAUAUGCAAUACUCAGUUAAAAUGUUUAUUGCUAACACAAGAUAAUCUAGUAAACUAUAUACAGCCUUCAAAUUUGCCUUUAAAUUUAUAAAACCUUGACACUAGCUCAUUUUUUUCUCAGGAGCAAUUUAGAUUGCAAUGCAAAGAAGUGGAGGUAA